AUGGUACUGAAGGCGCAGGACCUGAAAACGAUCAAAAGUGACGUGUCGGUUACUUUGGUGCGUGUGGAGUACAACGGAGUGGUCCUGGGAGACUCCUCCAAGACCAGCGUCUUGCCAAACGGGACAGCAAACUAUAAUUUCACGACCAGCUUUGAGUGCAGCCCCGACGGGCCCAACUCCUUGGAUAACCUUGCGCAAAAACCUGUGCUCUUGACAGUGAUAGAAGUGCUGCAAAGGGAGAAGAGACAGAAGGAGAAGACCGUGCCUCUUGGCCAAGCUGUGGUGGACCUUCUACCUCUGCUGCAAGGCCAGUGUUCGUUGAAGGUCUCAGCUCCUUUGUAUGCAGUGCCUACCUCGCCAUUAGAGAGCCUUCACCCGGGGGCCAAGGUAUGUAGCCUGGAAGUGACAGUGUGCACCAAAGAGCCCCUGCUUUCUGCAACGCAGCUUGCAAAUGGCAACUUCCUGAGUGUCACGCUGGAGGCGGCUUAUUCUGUCCCUGAAGCGUUUGCUCCUGCUGGACCCCUGCAAAACUACAUGGCUUGCUUGCAAGUCCCAGCAGCUGGGGAGAAGGAAUUCCCCUUGCUCUUCAAGAACGGCACCCUGAAGCUUGCUGGUGAAAAAGAGCCGUUGCCCCGGCCCAAGAAAUGGCCCCUUGCUAACAUCAUGGCCCCUGGAGCUCUGAACAUCCCCAACUCCUUCAUUGUUGGGGGGCCCUAUGAGGAUGAGGAUGGAGAGCUCAACAAAAGAGAGGACAGGGAAUUUAGGAUCCAAGCAGAAAGCAUGAAGAGAAUCGUGUGGGACAUGGAAAGGCGCUGUUACCUGGAUCCCGCUGCAAUAGUCAUCCUGCAGAAGCGCAUUGCGGAGUGCCGGUACUGGCCCGUGGAGGUCUGCAGGAUGUCUGUGGCCUCACCCAGCAAAGGGAAAACCAGCAAAGCUGACAAGGGAGACGAGGACAAGCAGAUUUUCUUCCACGGCGUGGCGUAUGUCAACAUGGUGCCUUUGCUGUGCCCCGGUGUGAAGCAGAUCCGAGGCGCUUUUCGUGUCUUUAGCUACCAAGACAGCGAGGUGUUCGAGAAGGUGUCCAAUGCACUCAAGAUCCAGUCGUCAGAUGCCACUGUAGAAGCUGAAAAUGUCACACACCCCAGCCUUGACGGACAGCAAUACAUUGAAGCAGGGACAUUCCUGGUGAUGGAGAUAAAGCUGGACAAGGCCUUGGUACCAAAGCGAUUGCGAGAGGAGCUCACCAGACGGGUCAAGCAGAUGAUUCCUCCUCGCCCUCCACUGCCUUCCCGGACUGCAGGAGCUAAGAAGGCCGUGGAAGAUUAUCACAACCGUGUCACAAGCAUUGCUGUUGCCAUCCUAAGUGAAUACCAUGAGCUGUUUGGGAAGCGGCUGCCUGACCAGGGAGCGAUAGACCACCAAACCCUGGAGGAACAGAAGCGUCAGCUCAACUUCGAGCUCAAUAGCUCUGGAAAAUAUUUUGCUUUUAAGGAACAGCUAAAGUAUGCUGUUGUGAAGAUUGUGAGGGAGAAAUACCUGAAGACCACAGCGUUUGAGACCCAGGAGCAGUUCCAGGCAUUUCUCAGUGAGCUCUAUGUGUACCUCGUGGACGAGAUGCACAUUGCCCUGAACCAGCUACUGAGCGAGGAAGCCGCUUCUCCUGCCCCUCCGUCCCGCACAACCCAGGAGCAGCUCUGGCUCUUUGCUCGCGAAGCUGAAGUCAGCAAAGACUACAAGCUGGCAUCUCUCUACCACCAACAGAGGGUAGCUCAGGACCAGCACAACAUCCAGUCCUGGCUGGACUAUGGAGCAUUCUGCCUCCUGCUCGAGGAAACAACCAAAGCCCAGGAGUGCUUCCAGCAGGCUCUUUCUCUGGACCACCAUCACGUCCAAAGCUUGCUGCUCUGUGGGAUUGUGGCUGUCAUGCUGCAGCACUAUGAAGAGGCAGAGGUUUUCUUUGAGGAUGCCUGCUGCUUGGAGCCAUCCAACAUCAUAGCCUGGACGCUUUCAGGUUUAUUUUAUGAGCUGCAGAAUAAUAUUAUUCAGGCAGAAAUGACCUUCCGUGAGGCUAACAAGCUGCUGCAAGCACAGCUCGCCAAGGAGAGGAGCAUCCCUGAGGCACCAUCCCCUGUUUCAAGACUUAGCCAGCCUCCCUGCACAAUCUUCAUGAAGGCAGUGGAAUUCCUGAUGAAAGUCAAUGCCAUCCAGUUUAUUCACAUGGCGCUUGCCCAUGAGCUGCUGAGCCUUCAGGGAGGUCCCUCCUGUGCGUACUACCUGGCGCUGGCCCAGACUUCCCUGCUGAGGGAAGAUUUCUCCAAGUGCGAAGAAUGUCUCUGCGAGGCCGUUAGGAUCGACUGCAUGAAUCCAAAUGUCUGGGCUCAGAAGGGGCAUCUGUGCUACCUGAGGAGGGACUUUGGCGAGGCAAAGGAGUGCUAUGAGCGAACCAUCAGUUUUGUGGAGGAUGCUGUGGAUAUGCACUUCGUCUGCCUGCACCUGGGCUCCAUCUACCUGGAAGAGAAAGAGUACGGCCGGGCGAAGCAGACCUACCUGCUUGCCUGCAAGAACUCUCCAUCUUGUCUCACCUGGCUGGGGGUGGGAAUUGCCUGCUACAGGCUGGAAGAGAUGGUGGAAGCCGAGGAUGCUCUCUCUGAAGCCAAUGCCCUAGAUAACACCAACGCUGAAGUGUGGGGAUAUCUCGCCCUCAUCUGCCUGCAAGGAGGACGGCAGCUGGAAGCAGAGCAGUGCUACAAAUACGCCAUCAAGGUCCGUGUCUCCACACUGCUGUGGGGUCG